AUGGAGAGCCCAAAACAGUUAACAUCACUACUACACUUCCACUUCCUCUUCCUCGUCCUCUGCGCUGCCCACCGCCCUUACUCCGCCCUGCAGUGCCCCAACUGCGGCUACACCCCUGUCCCCUAUCCCCUCAGCACCCACCCCUCCUGCGGCAACCCAAACUACCCCCUCCAUUGCUCUCAAAACACUCUCUUCUUUCUCUCUCCAACCAACAACCUCUACAGAGUCCAAUCCAUCGACCCCCUAACCCAACGCCUCAUCAUCUCACCCCCCGCGUUCGAGCCCAACUCAUGCCGGUCCCUGGACCUAGCCUCGGGCGGCCUCCUGCUCGAUGAGUCUCUGCCCUUCAACAUAUCGAGCCGGAACACUGUGAUGCUGUUCAACUGCUCGUCGAACAUCUUGCUCUCACCUCUCAACUGCUCGGCUCAAAGCCCAUGUCGAAUUUUCGAGGAGGGUGGAGAGUGUGAUGGUUUGCUAUGUUGCAGCUACCUGAAGGACGCGUCGAUGACUUCGCAUCGGAUUAGGGUGAGAGAUGGGGGUUGCACUGCUUACACUUCGGUGGUGGCGUUUAGGGAGGGCUUGGGGAUAGAGAAUUGGGAGUUUGGGGUGGAGUUGCAGUGGGCGCCAUUGUAGAUGGAGUGUGUGGGCGCCAUUGUAGAUGGAGUGUGUGGGGUGUUUCUAGUUGAUGAAC